AUGGAAAGAAUCAAGCUCUCGUGUUUAUUACUAGUCGACAUUAUCCCGUUAGCGACAAGUGCUGAUGGUAAGAUUAUUGACUCCCAUGUUAGGAUGAUUCGGGACUUCGAUGUGUUUCUACAGCACCCAUGGGGAAGAGAAUGUUUCGCAUUCACAAUGAAGAGUAUAAAAGCCAAAGAAGUUGCUGAUAUGGGUCAGAAAUCGAUGGCAAUUCGAGGUUUCAUUCAUGGUUUGCAGCUUGUUGCAUUGACUUGUAUACCUGAGAUAACCUCUUAUGCAGCAACUGAGAAAAACACUAAACAAAUGGAAGUAAACGUCGCAUAUACUUUACCUGCGGAAGGUCUCGAAGGAGAAGAUUUUACAUGGCCUAACAAGAAGGAUGAUGCCAAAGUUUUGCAUAUGAUAGAUCUUGUCAACCAAAAUCAUAUAUUCACAAAAGCUUCUUGGUCUGGCAGAUCUGAUGCAACAACGUUGUCUCUAGAGAAGAAGGAUAAUGUCAAUGCAAAGAAGGGUAAAAAUAAGUGUGAUGCAGCAGAUGUGAGCCCUGGUAGAAAUAGAAAAACAAAGGGAAAGAACUUAGAGAAUGACAAGGGUCAAAUAUCAGAGAAUAUCACUCAUCUUACUAUGGCUGAUGUCCAAGAUCUUAUUGACAACCCAACAGUUGUUUACUAUAACAAGUUGCUGGAGGAGCUCAAAGAGUUUGACGCCAAAUUCACUUGUUUACUGCAAAAUCAAGAUGGGGCUAUUAAGAAUGAAUUAAGAGAUAUGUCUCACAAGCUAAAUGGCCUAUCCGAGCAAAUUGUUGUAUUGAAGUCUCAACAAUCUACCGUCUUUGUUGUCUCUGUUGCUAAAGACAUUUUAGCUACGACUAAAAAGUCUUCAGAUCAGUCCACAACAAUGGAGACGACUACCAAUCCCCAUGUGAUCGAGAAAAAUGUGGCACCAUCUUCCCAACCAGAUAAAUCACUAUCAGAAAAACUUGUUACACAGAAUAUUAUGGGUGUAGUAACUGAAGUACUUGGCAAGGAAGGAGCAGCUGACGAUGCCCAUGCUAACGAUGCCAAUGGUAACGAUGCACAACCAAAAGAAAAUUUGAGAGUUUCAUUCGCACCGCCACAUUCUCCUUUGGACUUAUGCAGGAAGGAGUUUCUCUUCCCAAAGCUGCAGCAAAACAAUCAACUACUAACUCAGGCGACUCAUAAGGAACUUAACUACGAAACAAAUAUCAAAAAGCAAGCUGCCACAGAUGACUCGGUGUUUGAGAUGCUUCUCAAGGCUUUAGAAACAACAAGUUGGGAAAUCUGUGCAGCUUUGAAGCUUUGUUUCCUGGAGUUAUGGAAACAAGAGAAGCGUUUAUCAAACACUUUGAUGGAUAAUCUACUAUUCUUUGUUCGAGAACGUUUUUUCGAGGAGUUUAAAGCAAGAUCAACUAAGCCUAUUCAGUUCAUGGAGAUAGAGUUUGGAGUGGAAGUCUCAAAAAUGCACCCAAAGUUUAAUAAUAAAAGUUACAAGAUUCCCAAAAAGAUUUCAAAAUAUGUUUCGAGGGACCGCCAAUGGCACACAGAUGUUGAGCUGCUCUACGGCCCAUAUAUCAUACAUGGUAACUGGGUUUGCCUUUGCAUCGACUUACCUUCCCAUGAAAUUACGGUACUCCUACCAGACCCUACAGAAUAUGCCAUCAAAGAAGUUGAGAAGGAGCUACUAUCUCUUGCUUCCUCGUUACUGUUUCUCAUAACGAACUGCGCCACCAACGCUGAAAUGGAAGCAGACAUAGCUACACCGCUCACAAUCACCAUCUAUGCGGGCGAAUGGGAAAUCAAAUGCACAUAUAAAGAAUCUUUCAUCAGAUGCGAUUAA